GUCAGAAACGAUAAGUGAUAUCACUCUUCGCUUUAAUAAUUCUAAUUCGACACACGGACAAAGAUUAUGCUGUACAUUAUUUUUCAUUCAAAGUUCGUUUCUAAACGCGGGUUACUACGAUCGUUCUAAAUUAGUGCAAUGACUCCAUUUUUCGCUACGCGACACGUUCUUUUAUAACUUUUCGACGCUUUGGAAGAAUAUUUUAAUCAUAUUAUUAUAAUCCACCCCUCAAUGACAUUCUUUUUCAAGACAGAUGUCGUCUAUUUGGACCAAAGCUCCAAGAUGAAACGCCGCAGACGCCAAAUCGGACAGAUAUGCCUGCUUCUUGCGGGCAUCAUACUCAUAAGUGCGGGCGUCUCGAUUUUCGUAUUCUUCGAAUCGAUAUACGAAUUCAUACUGAGAGAAGCCUUAAGGUUCGCGCCUACGUCACAAGCCUACUUAGCAUGGCAAACGAACGAUCCUCCUCUGAGGAUGGAUAUCUACGUGUUCAAUUGGACCAACCCCGAAGAAAUAGGGAAUCCCGACGUGAAGCCUGAGUUCGAGGAGGUGGGGCCUUAUACUUUCAAAGAGAUUAAGGAGAAAAUUAAUAUAACGUGGCAUGAGCAUAAUAGUACUAUAAGUUAUGCGUAUAAGAAGUUGUAUUUUUACGAUGAGGAGAAUAGUGUUAGGAAAUUAAACGAUGUGAUAUCUACUAUUAAUAUUGUACCGCUGACAAUAGGGUACAAAAUAAGACACGCAAGCUGGUGGACGAAGCGUGUUAUUUCAGCCACGCUGUCGAGUGUUUCUAGUCUCUACGUGACGAAAAACGUUUCGCAAAUCCUGUUCGAGGGUUACGAGGAACCCAUCCUAGGUACUUUAUCGAAGUUUCCAUUUUUAAACGUCCAGGAUAAGUUUGGAAUAUUUUAUGGUAAAAACAACACGAUGGGUCAAGAAGGCUUUUUCAGCAUGCAUUACGCCAACGAUGAGGAUUUCGGCAAGAUCCUGACCUGGAAUUUUAAAAACCGAACGGAAUUCUACGAAGGACACUGCAACGACAUCCGAGGAUCGUCGGGCGAAUUUUAUCCCAUUAAUCGCAAGAGGGACAAGUUGAUCCUCUACUCGGAUCAACUCUGUAAAUACGCAGAAUUCGAAUAUGUCGAGGAUGUGGUGAUAAAAGGCGUUAAAGGAUACAAAUAUACGGCGGAUAAUAUUUUUGACAACGGGACCACGCGUCCAGAGAACGCCUGUUUUUGCAAGGGCGAGUGCCUUCCUUCGGGCGUAUUCAACGUGUCCGCGUGCAGGGAUAAUUCGCCGAGUUUUCUAUCCUUUCCGCAUUUCUACCAGGCCGAUCCUUAUUACACCGACGCGAUAAAGGGGAUGCGGCCUGAUAAAACCAAACAUGAAUUUUACAUCACCAUCGAGCCGAAAUCUGGUAUUAUAAUGGACAUACAGCUAGUUAUGCAGAUAAACAUGUUACUACAGCCAAUCCGAAGUGUACGAUUAUACGAAAAAGUGCCGAAAGUGUUCCUGCCUCUGUUCUACAUCAAACAAAACGUGAACCUCAAGGACGACAUAGCGUCCAGCCUAAAGAUCAUUCAGAAUUUCCCCGAAUAUUGCAAUUACACGUUCUACAUCCUUGUAGGAUUGGGAUGCCUGUCGAUAUUUUGGGCUUUUUGUUCGUGCUUUUGGUGUUACACAUCUAACAAGCAAAAAUUCGAAAUUAACGGGAAAAUUGCGACGACCAGUAGCGCGACGAUCCGCGACGAGAUUCCUCUGAGAGGAGGAAGAUUAGGAAAAUAGUUUUUUUGUUACAAUUUAAGUUUUGUUAUAUAUUAAAUAAGUUUUUAUAAAUG